CUGUGUGAGUGCGCCUGCGCGGAGUAACCAGGAAGAGCUAUGCAUUUAGACAUGGCACUUCCCAACAAAUCUGAGAGAAAAGGGAUAACAGAACAACAAGUUUGACUGCUUCCACCUCCAGUCCUAGCCAUGGUGGGCUGCCAGUCCUGCACCAGCAUGUGCUCCCGCUCGUCGGCCUACACUCUGGCCCUCGGUCUGGGCUUCGUCACUCUGGGGACCAGUCGCAUCCUGUUGCUCAAAUUCUCCGCAAAUUCAGAGAACAAGUACGACUUCCUCCCUGCGUCCGUCAAUCUACUUGCCGAGGCGCUCAAACUGCUCUUCUGCCUGGCUAUGUCAGUCAGGGUCCUAGUCCGAGAGGGACGAUCAGGCAGAGAGCUUGGCUGUUCUUCCAGCGCCUCCUUCCUCACCUCCCUGAAGUGGGCCAUCCCGGCUUUCCUCUACUUCCUAGACAACCUCAUCAUCUUCUACGUGAUGACCUACCUGCAGCCUGCCAUGGCGGUGUUGUUCUCCAACUUUGUCAUCCUGACCACAGCUGUACUCUUCAGGAUUGUUCUGAAGAGGCGCCUGUCCUGGGUUCAGUGGGCAGCGUUGUUUGUCCUCUUCCUGUCCAUUGUUUCCUUGACGACAGGAUCGGGGACCAGCCAAAACUCCAUAGCUGUGCCUGGACUCCACUCCAACCCCCACUCCACCUCCUCCAACUCCUGUCUACUCUACACUCAGCUGCUGGAGCAGAUGAGGAACAGCAGUGCCAGUGCGUUGUGGAUGUCGUCCUUGCCCGGGCAGGCCUGGAGGGACAGCGUAGUAGAGAAGCUUCAGUCUCUCGGUGUGGGUCACAUCCUGCUCCUCAUCCAGUGCUUCAUCUCGGCCAUGGCCAACAUCUACAACGAGAAGAUCCUGAAAGAAGGAGACCAGCUCACGGAGAGCAUCUUCAUCCAGAACAGUAAAUUGUAUGCCUUCGGCGUGGUGUUUAACGGUCUGACCCUCGGGCUCGGCAGCGAGGCUCGGGGCCUCACCGUCCACUGUGGCCUCCUGCAUGGACAUAAUGUGUACUCCCUGUUUCUUGUGCUGGUCACUGCUGCCUUGGGUUUAUCUGUGGCCUUCAUCUUGAAAUUCAGAGACAACAUGUUCCACGUGCUGACGGGCCAGAUCAACACCGUCCUGGUCACCGCCCUCUCUCUCUUCCUCUUUGACUUCCGCCCUUCUCUGGACUUCUUCCUCCAGGCUCCCAUAGUCCUUCUGGCCAUCUUCAUCUACAACGCCAGCCGGCCCAAGGACCUAGAAUACAGCCUGCAGCAGGAAAAACUGCGGGUCAUCAACGGGGAGGUGUUCGAGAGGUCCAGAGGGGUAGGGAGCAAACCGCUUCGCUCAACUAACCUCCAUGACGGCGAGGAGCUGGAGCUCCUGACUAAGCCCAACACGGACAGUGAAUCUGAGGAGGAGUCUUUCUAGUACUGACUGACGAGACACAAGGUAUUGUUCGUCACCGCUGCUAAACAGUACAGACUCAUGGCGGCAGCACGCUCGCUGACUCCUUCAUAGCAUUUAUUCGAAUGACGUGACUGACAGUGAUGAUGGGUCCUUUGAUGAACUCUGUCACACUCUCGGGAUUCCUCCGAAUAUUGUACAUAUUUUGAAAUGUGCCUGUCUGUAAACGAGCGCUGUCAUUUACAGAGAAACAUCAGUAAGAUAUCAAUGAAUGCUAGGGCUGCACAAUAUGACGAGAACAUGCGAUAACGCGAAUAUCACGAUAAAUAAUCCGAUAAAGUAUUGUCUUUCUCUUUAUUUUCCUUUCCUGCUGACACACAGCAAACUGCUUGUUGUU